UUGAGCGUUGCUUUCGCUCCACAUUCUUUGUAAUGGCAGUGGCAUGUCUUGUUGAUAUUUAUCAUCUUUGAUUUUGUGUCUUAAUGCCAGUUCAUAAACUCCAAUGGGUUAUCUCGAAUGCUGUAGUCGUGCAGGCUGUUUGAAUAUAUAUUUCAUUUGAGGACGUCUUUCAAACCACAUAGUUAUCAAACGGGAACGUUUGUGUCGUCUGGUUGGCGCAGGGAAGAAUUACCAUAAUAACAAAAAAAGUGACAGUGAUGGCGAGCAGCCCUGCAGUGCUGAUGCGCCUGGUGGCUACAGCCCAUGCUGUGGCGGAAAAGGCAGGCUCUAUUGUCAGGAAGGUGCUUUACAGUGGAGAGCUUGGCAUCAUUGAGAAGACGGGACCCAAUGACCUACAGACUCUGGCUGACAGACUUGUUCAGAAGAGUAUAUGUGCAUCCUUGUCAAAAAGCUUUCCAAAGGUUACUAUCAUCGGAGAAGAGGAUUUACCAGCUGAGUCUGUUGAAGAUGACCUGAUAGAGACUGGACAGAACAGUGGAGUCCUACAAAAGCCAUGUCCUAAUCAGUAUACUAACCUAAAGGAGGAAGAGCUGGUUGUGUGGGUGGACCCUCUUGAUGGUACUAAAGAAUAUAGUGAAGGACUCCUAGAUCAUGUGACAGUGUUGAUAGGCAUUGCUUAUGGAGGGACAGCCAUUGCUGGAGUCAUCAAUCAACCUUUUUACAAUUACCAGAUCGAGGCUGGUGCUACUUUGGGACGGACGUUAUGGGGAGUGAUAGGUUUGGGUGCAUUUGGGUUUCAACUCCAGGAAGUCCCAGAUGGGAAAAGAAUUAUCACUACCACGCGAUCCCAUAGCAAUAAGCUAGUGACCUCCGCAGUUCAAGCCAUGGAUCCUCAUGAUGUCAUUAAAGUGGGCGGAGCUGGAAAUAAGAUCAUCCAGCUAGUCGAAGGAAAGGCCUCUGCAUAUGUUUUUGCCAGUCCAGGCUGUAAGAAGUGGGACACAUGUGCACCUGAAGCAAUUCUGCAUGCAGUUGGAGGCAAACUAACAGACAUGCAUGGCAAAGGAUACAGAUAUGAUGCAGAUGUAAAGCACAUGAACUCAGCUGGUGUGUUGGCAACACUGCGAGAUCAUCAGUAUUAUUUAAGCAGAGUACCUGAGAAUGUCCGACAAGAGCUUCCUCGAGACUGAACUAAUGUAGAAUUUUAAAGCAAUGUGCCAUUAAUGAUGACCUUGUCAUACAACCUUAAUUAUUUGGGCAAAUGAUUUUGUAAAAUUUUCUAAACUACCUGAAAUUUACAUUGCGUAUAAAUACCUGAAAACUACCAAGAAUUGUUUAUAUUUUGACGUGUUUUCAGGCUUGAUUGAUAAUAUAAGACCUAACUCUUAAAAUAUACACAUGUGAUCUGUUUGAUAUGACCUUUUGCAUUAUACUUAAUGUAGAGCAAAUGUUAAGCAGUGCCAUUAACUAUUUGUUUCCUGAUAUACUUAAAUAUGCACAAUAAUCCUAUAUAGUUCAGUGGGCUACUGCUAUGCUCCCAAUAUUUUAGAGUAGCUGAAUGUGUACCUGUGUAUCUGAACUUUGAUCAGUUUCAGCUUUGUAACUUAUUCAGUUGCUUCUGGGUGGCCAUGAGACUAUAUUGUGCUGUGGGUAUACAAAAGAAACGCCAUGUUUCCAUCCAAAUGUCAUACAAAUCUUUUCAAAGUUCGCAAUAACAGGAGGAAUGACUAAUGCGAAAUUGGUGUGUUUCCAUUAGGGAUGCAACAAUACAGGUCAUGGUUCAUGUUUUUGGUUCGGUUUGGCUCCGAUGGCUAAGCACAUUAAAGUGUUUUUCAUUAUUCUAUGCUUAUGUGACAGGAACAGUAAGAAGUAAAAAAAACUAUUUUAAUACCAUUCUGUUUAUUUUUCUUGACUUAUUUUAUUCUCUUUAAUAAAAAAAAAACUUUUUUUGUACAAUUCCUGGUGUAUUGAAAAAUAUAAAUCAAGAUAUAUCAAAUGUAGUGAUUCAAUGGGGAACAGUGUCAUUUACACAAGACGUUUGCAAUGAGCUCUUGUUUUUCUUCUGUUGUUGUGGUGCGUUAAUCUAAAAAAGUCUAUUCAUACAAAAUGAUUCACACUCUCAGAGAUGCAAAUGUAUUUUGGUGUUUUAUUUUAUCAUUGGGGGACGAAGACACCAAUGUUUCGGCGCCUUCAUUGUGUUUAGCGAUUAAUGUGGGUACAACAUUCAUGAUAUACUAUAGUGGUUGUGGUGUAUAGAGACAUGAUCUUGGAUGUUUAUGUAUGGUAUUUAAGUUAAUAAGUGGGAUAUGUUGACGACUAGGUUUAUGGGGUUAUUUAUGUUUCUUUAUCAUUCAAUCAAAAAUGCAAUGUUUGAGAUCAAAUAAUUAUAAUCUAAAUAAAAAUACAUAAUGCAAAUAAA